ACCAAAGAGAAUUUGUGCCCGCGCAGAAUACUCUUGUGUUCUGAUGGAGCCCUCCUCUCUCUUCCCCGACGACCCCUCUCGCAGGUCGAAACGCCCGCAAGCCGGUAUAAUCUCUAGAAUCCAUCACGAGAACUUCAUGUGCCACAGCAAUCUCGACAUCGACUUCGGAGACUUUGUUAACUUCAUCACCGGUCAAAAUGGGAGUGGAAAGAGCGCAAUAUUAACGGCACUUUGUGUAGCAUUCGGGUGCCGAGCUCGUGGUACGCAGAGAGCGAAUACUCUUAAGGAUUUUAUCAAAACUAGCUGCAGCUCUGCACUUGUUCAAGUUGAGAUAAAAAAUCAAGGUGAAGAUGCUUUUAAGCAUGAAUUGUAUGGAGAUGUCAUCAUUGUGGAGCGUAAAGUUACAGAAUCAGCUAGUGGAGGCAUCACAUCAAGAAACAAUCAAGGUAGGAAAAUUGGCACCAAGAAAGAGGAUCUUCGUGAGCUUGUAGAUUACUUUAAUGUCAGUACUACAAACUUUUUCAAUGCAUUUUUUGAUUCAUGAAAGAUGAAUUGAUUCUGCUGCAAAUUUUUUUAUGUAAUUUUACUUCUUUUAUAACUUAGGGAAGCUAUCCUUUGGGUUUGAUAUGAACAAGUUAUUGACUUGGUUAUUUGUCCCUUAUCUGAG